ACAUCAAUAAGCGAUCGGCAACAUGCAAACAAUAUUGGCGAUGAACAUGAUAGCUUUGAUUAUCAUGCUAUCAAUAUUUAUACAAACAUUAGGAAAUGAUCUUGCACCUGCUCCAUCCCAGACAUUACCUUGUCUGGAUGACGUGAAAACAAUUCCAAAUUGUGUAAAAGCAGUGUUUCACUUCAAAUUCAAAGAGGUCACAGAGACGUGUUGCACUAUCCUUCUCACCCUUCCCGAUGAUUGUUUCGGGUUUUUGUUUCCUAUUCCUCGUGUCUACCAUUUUCUUCUUAAGUCUGCUUGCAAAAAUACUUAUAAUCACUAUUGAUAAACAUUUCGUGAUAUUUUGUUAAUCAAAUGUAAAAAAUCAUCACUAAUUA